AUGCCUGAAAAACCUCCUCCAGUGGGCGCCAGAAAGAGGACUCAAGAGCAUUGGGAGAAAUUUGAAUAUCGCAAAAAGUCAAAAGUUAACAAUGAGCAGUCCGACAGUGUCGAUCAGGUCAAAAGGAGCCCAAAUAUAAUUGAUCUGACGAGUGACAACGACAGUCCUGAAGAGACUUCUACAACGGACGUAUCUUACAUUGAACCAAUACACUCUUCAGCGGAUGAAGCUGACCAAAAGCUCCCUUCAUCGAGUAAUGAGAACCAAGAAACCACUGCUCCUUUCAGACUAAUCAAGUCAGACAUCUACGACUCCAAUCGUGCUUCGCAACACUUCAUAACACUGGAAGAGAUAUUCGGCGAUAGAAGCAUUGCAAAAAGCUGGCUGUUCAGCUUUCAGUAUGAAUUAGACUACAUUCUACCUAUGUUCCCACUGCACGCAGAAAUAACCAUUGUAGCACAGAAUGGCACGAUUUUGCCGGUCUCACAACCCAAUUCGAAAGUCUUGACGCUUCUUGCGCGCCUGAAGACUUUGUUAGUGAAUCUACCACCCUAUUCCUGCCACCAUUCGAAGAUGGUCAUCAAUUUGUACAAUAAUGGAGAUUGCCAAUUAUUCAUCCCCUCCAAUAACUUUACCUCGGCAGAAACCAAUCUGCCUACCCAAAUCGUAUGGUCUAGUCCUCGUCUCAAGAGCUCUAGCUGUGAAUCCAGUUCUUCAGCUUUUAAAGAUUCUCUCCUGACGUAUCUCAAAGGCUACGAGAUCAACCUAAAACCCCUGGUGGCAGUGCUCGAAACUGUAGACUUCCUUCCGCUAGAUGAUUCUGGCUCACAGUUUGUGUAUUCUCAUCCCAAGGUGGCUGGGUGCGGAUUGUCACAACUAAGCACUCUGUUGCGCGAUAAGAAACACACUCAUCUCAUUGACCAGAGUACACAUCAUUAUCUUUGUCAAACUUCCACCAUUGGAUCACCUAUCAAAGCUGGGCUAAGGAGCCCUGGUAACUUGUUUACGCACUACAUGAUCCCAUUAUUCUCGGGCCUUUUGGACCCUAAGACUAAUGCCAAGGCUAAUCCUGGAAGGAAAGCGAAUGAAAUUCCUAAUUUAAAGGAACGAUUCGACACAAAUCACAUCAAACCAUAUAUCGUGUACCCAACGGCGCAAGAAUUACAAAAAUCGGCAAUGGGUUACCUGGCUGGUGGUUGGUUUCACUAUCACUGGUUGCGGAACCAGGUCUCUCAAGAUGUUCACCAACUGUUGAGAAGUUGGGGUGUUUUUCAUAAGCGACAGACUCAUACUACCGAUGCUCGAAAAGCCACUCCCUCUCACACAAAAUUCUACAUGAAAUCUACUGGAACUUGUCUAACUGAUUCGAAGAGGUCGCCGUUGCGCACUCCUGAAUGGGUUUUGUACACUACUGCAAAUUUAAGCUUGAACGCCUGGGGAACUCUUACUUCUAAACCCAGAAAUUAUGAAGUCGGCGUGCUUUUCAAAUCAUCUGAAGAUAAUGCAAUUGAACUUCAAAGUGUCACCGAUCUUGUUUACAGUCCUUUCAUUGGCACGGGUGAGACAAUUGGUGACGGAAAGCCAGAAUUUCUAAAACGUAAGAAGACCCUGGUAAUGGUCCCCUUUGACAUCCCACCAAAGCCGUACGGUGAAUUAGACGACUCAUUCUGCAUUUCGAGGAAUUACGUUGAGCCCGAUUCCUUGGGCAGGUACCAUCAGCCGCAAGGGUAA